UGCCAAGUGAUUUUUUCGUAUUCUAUGUGGUGGAUCCACUUCUUGACAACCGACUGGAACAUGGGUAUAGAUUUAUAUUAAAAGUGAACUGUUCUUCAAAAACGGUGUGUGCCAUCUAUUAACUCCUUUAUCCAACCUGAAAUAUGACUUCGUGAUACUUUUAUGGUACAAAGAUAGUAACCAACAUUUACGGACAUUAUUAUUUGUACUUCAGUCGUCUCAUGAUAAGUGCGCGAGAUAAACUAAUAUCACCCUACAAGCAAAUGAUCAAGUUACAACUAAGUAACUUAGUUUUACAAUACUUUUCUUUCCCUUUCAUUUCAACGUCUUUUUGUUUUUGUUUAUUUUUUCUCUGUCUUUUUAUGAAGUUUGUGAGUUUAAGCUCAUCAACCUUUUAGCUCGAGGUCAUACGUUGUUAUGCCUAUCGAUUCACAUGAAAUGUGUUUCUCCACUAAACUAUUCAUUUUUUUCUUUUACUUUCUGUAUGUACGAAGGAUCAAUGAGAAUGUCGGUUGCACCAGUUCAACAGGGUCCAUUUAUGAAGGAUCAGUUGGUUCAAUUGCGGGCACAGAUUAAUGCUUUCAAGCUACUUUCCAAAUCACAGCCAGUCCCUGAAACAUUAUUACUAGCGGCCGAAGGAAGACAGUUACUCGGUCAUGCACCUAUUGUUAUGAGUGGACCACCUGCACCAAAUGUCCCUGUACAACAAUGGAAUCAAUCUUCUGUAAACUCCAUGCAAAAUUCGCCAUUUGUCGGGUCUCCUCAGUCGUCUGUCGUUCAGAGUGAAUUCCAUCCGGCGAAUCCUGCCCUAGCAAUAUCUCGAGUAAGACCUAAUAUCCAACCAAGUUUAGUGGCUGCACGUAUAGGUCCCCCAGUAGGCUAUCAAUCAUAUACAACCUCAUCUUCAAAUGGAACCUUUCUGCCUGGGGGUACUGGCACAUAUGGAAGGAGUAGACUUACUCCUAUUCAACGACCUCAGGGUUUGGAUCCCGUAGAGCUACUAAAAGAGAGGGAACAGCGUAUCCAGUCUCGCAUUGCGCAGCGUAUCAAAGAACUAAGUAGUCUUUCUGUAUCUAGUACAUCGGAACAAAGAGUAUCAUUAUUGAUUGAACUUCGUGCUUUGCGUCUACUGAAUUUUCAGCGACAACUAAGGCAAGACAUAGUGUCAGCUAUGCGCCGAGACACGAGCCUUGAGACAGCUCUUAAUGUCAAGGCGUACAGAAGGCCGAAAAAACAAACUCUUCGAGAGGCUCGGUUCACGGAAAAGUUGGAGAAACAAAUGAAACAUGAGCAAGAAAAAAGGCGUCGUCAAAAACAUCAAGAAUUUCUGAAUGCUGUUCUUAGCCACGGAAAAGAUUUCCGAGAGUUUCAUCGUAAUGUUAACAGCAGAAUGGUGAAAAUAAACAAAGCCGUUCUAAAUUACAAAGCCAAUGCUGAGCGUGACAAAAGAAAAGAACAAGAACGAAUUGAUCGUGAACGUAUGCGACGUCUUAUGGCUGAAGAUGAGGAAGGUUAUCGCUGUCUUAUUGAUGCGAAAAAAGACCAGAGACUUCAUCACUUACUCACCCAAACAGAUGAAUUUAUUAGUAAUUUGACUAAACUUGUUCGUGAACAUAAACGAGAGCAAAGUAAGCAGCGUUUUAGGGAACGGUCGGAAAGAAGAAAAUUCGCACAGGAAUCAGCUCUGCAAAAUGCUGUUGUAUUCUAUCGAAAAUUGGCUGAUGAUGUCAUUAAAAACGGUGGACAACCCCGGCGUAUUUUUCUACUCUUCCAUCUACUGAGAAAUUUCCUGAAGAACUUAAUCAAGUGA